AUGAGAAACAUUGCUUUUUUCAUAAUCUUAUCAAAUUCAAAGAAGAUACUUUCAAAUAAUGGUAGCGUAGAUACCAAAUCAAAAUCUAGGUCAUCCAAAAGCUCUCCAUCAAAUGGUCCUUUAACAACAAAUUUUAAUUCAACUAAAUCUCCUAUUGACGCUAAUCAUACAAAUACAAACAUAUCAAAACUAAAUUCUACAUCUAUAUCAGCACAAUACAAUCAGACAUCGAAAAAUCUCACUAAAGUUCAAGAACCAAAACCACAAAAUAACACAAAAAUACAAUCAAAUCAAAAGCAGAACAAUAUCAACCCAUCUACCAAUGAAAAAAAGAAGAAAACUUCAAAUGAAGAAAUAAAAAAAGAAGACUGUGCAGAAGUUGAGGAACCAGACUCCGAUGCUUGUGUAAUGCUUCGUGUACGAGAAGAAAUCAUAAACGAAUUAAGAAAAUUAAAGAAUUCAGAAAAGCCAUCUAUUUUUUCAUAA